GUGCUGCCUAACGGAGAGCUGAUGGAGCCAGAUGAGAAAGGCAGGAGGCGAGCCCCUCCGGUUGCGCGUCAGCAUCCCCUCAAAUAGGAAUCCGCUGCUGUCACUUCUGCUCUACAUAUACAGAGACGGACGGCUGUAACCGUGAAACAACAAUUAACGGCGAAUUUCCUGUAGCGUGCAGCUGCUGUUUCUUGUGAUGUCAAGGAGGAAGAGUAAGGUGAGGCUGUGAGGAGGCUAGAGCUUUGCGAAGAAUGAUAGUGGGGAUCAAGGCGCGCUGUCCCAGGAGAACUCAUCUGAAGAGCUGGCCCUGAGAGACCGGGAUGCUCCUCUAACGCACCGGGGGGCGAGUUUUCCUGUGCAGAGUUUGAGCUCGAGUAGAAGUGAGUGAGUAAGUGAGAGGGAGUGGGUGUCAUGGAUUACAGGGAAGAUGUCGACUCCAACUACAAAAACUUGCUGCUCUUGGGAGCCAUCGCAGCAGCAUCCGCCUUUGUGGUCACCAUCCUUAUUGUCCUUGUCUGCGUUGGCUGCCAAAGAAAAAGCAAGAGCAAGCACCCCCCAGCCGGAGAGAAAGGGACAUCUGUAAAUAUGCAGGGUUCCCUCCGACACCCAAAACUGAACUCCAUGAGCAAAUCUGACACCAGGCUGCAUGAGAUCAAUCGCUUUCCCUGCAAUGGAAACUCUGUUAGUAAGAGCCGUCCGGCCAGUAUGGACCUCCUGCUCCUCCACAGUCGGCGCUCCCAGACAGACCUGAGGCCCUCCCAUGGGCGCCAGCUUCCCCAGAUCCCCACCAGUCCCCAGGGAUCUGGCCAGGGAGGAGGAGGGGAAACAGGAGGAGAUGGGGGAGGAGGAGGAGGAGGAGGAGGAGGAGGAGGAGGGGAGGCUAGAGACCACACCUACACUGAGGUGGGCAUACGGAACAACCCCACCCCAACCCACUGCCUAGAUGAUGGACUGUAUGAAAGUGUAGGUGUCCGGGAAGGUGACACGAGCCCGAAGGUACAGUCGGCUCCACCAACCACAUCAGCCAACACUCCGGCUACAGUCAGAACUGCCCAAAGCCCCCCAGCUCAGGCCAACGGAGCUCGCAGUGGGAACGGGAACGGUGGCAGAGGGAAUGGCAGAGGGAAUGGCAGAGGGAAUGGCACCAUUAACGGGCCGAUAACAGCUAGAGGUAAUGGUACGAGUGGGGUCAACAGGUCGCCUCUGUCUUCGGUCAACUCCCUGGCCAUCCAAGAUCCAACUGGAGCUGAGUACGCUUCCAUACGGAAGUUCAGAAAGGUUGACAAGACAAACAGGAAGGAGAAUAACGGAGGCGACAGCCAGUCAGACAGCCAAUCGAGUGUGAGUGAUUCACCCUCUGCGGCUCCUCCUCCACUACAUCGCAGUCAGGAGUUUCUGCGCAAACCACUGGAGCCGUUUCACCUGCACUCCUUCCCAAAGGUAAAAGGAAUCAUUGGAUCAAUAUUGUCUGCAUCAACCUAACCAGCUGCCUUGCCAAACUGUAAGUCUGUCUGUUUCCCACCAGAGGGCACCCUCCACAAACAAACAGCUCUAUAUAUUUAGACACGAGGAUUGAUAUUAGUUUAGUCACUUGAUGUCUUUUUAUUAUAUUAUAAAAUAAUAUAAUAUUUUAAUCACAUUAUAGAGUUGCAUGUGCUAGCUGGGAUGUAUAUAUAAACAGACAAGGCCACAGU